CGAAACUAAAGAGAUUCUAAACUCAGGAAACUCGUUCUAUGUAGUUUAGUUUGAUAGAUUUUCUGUUAAUGUAUACACGGAGAUCUGAGACAGCACAAUAUACGAACAAACAGAAAUGGCUUCGUGCAGCAGUCUCCUGUCUGAAAAGCAGUUCCAGUGUUCUAUCUGUCUGGGUGUGUUCACUGAUACUGUCACUAUUCCUUGUGGACACAACUUCUGCAAGGGAUGUAUCACCAAGUACUGGGACUACAGUGACCUGUGUAAAUGUCCCAUGUGUAAAAUGACUUUUGAUAAGAGACCAGAUCUCUAUGUCAAUACUUUCAUCUCUGAGAUGGCUGCUCAGUUCAGGAAGUCAGAGCCACUGAAAGUUACCAUCAGACCAGACCUGAAUUCUACUAAACCUGAAGUGUCAUGUGACAUCUGUUCAGGUACCAAGCUCCAUGCCCUGAAGUCCUGUCUGGUGUGUCUGGCCUCUUACUGUGAGACUCACCUGGAGCCUCAUCAGAGAGUUGCAGCUUUGAAGAAACACAAACUGAUCCACCCUGUGGAGAACCUGGAGGACAGGAUGUGUCAGAAACAUGACAAACUGUUAGAACUCUUCUGUAAGAAAGACCAGACAUGUGUUUGUGUAAUGUGCAUGAAAACAGACCACGAGACCCAUGACACUGUCACUUUAGAAGAGGCAUAUGAACAGAGGAUGACUAAGCUGGGACAGAUGAUGGUUGAGAUGAACCAAAUGAUGGAACAAAGAUCUAGGAAGGUUCAGGAGAUCAAACUCUCAGUAGAGACCAGCAAAAGAGAUGCAGAGAGAGAGAAAUCAGACAGUGUUCAGGUCUUCACUGCUCUGGUGCGCUCCAUUGAGAGAAGCCAGGCUGAGAUCAUCGAGGUGAUUGAAGAGAAGCAGAAAGCAGCAGAGAAACAGGCUGAAGGGUUGAUUAAAGACCUGGAGCAGGAGAUCACUGAGCUGAAGAGGAGAAGCACUGAGCUGGAGCACCUCUCACACACUGAGGACCACCUCCACCUGCUGCAGAGCUUCCCAUCCCUGAGCACCCCUCCCCACACCAAGGACUGGUCUGAGAUCAGUGUCCACAGUGAUCUGAGCGUUGGGGCAGUGAGGAGAGCUGUGUCUCAGCUGGAGGAGACACUCAAUAAAGAGAUGGAGAAGCUGCCUGACCCUGAACUGAAGAGGAUUCAGCAGUAUGCAGUGGAUGUGAUUCUGGACCCUGAUACAGCACAUCCUGAUCUCAUCCUGUCUGAGGAUGGGAAACAAGUGAGACUUAUAGAUAUAGAGCAGGAUCUCCCUGACAACCCAGAGAGGUUUGAUAGUUAUGUUUAUGUCCUGGGAAAGCAAGGCUUCUCCUCAGGGAGGUUCUACUAUGAGGUGCAGGUUGAGGGGAAGACUAAGUGGAUAGUGGGAGUGGUCAGAGAGUCCAUCAACAGGAAGGGGAAGAUCACACUGAGGCCUAAGAAUGGAUACUGGACUGUAUGUCUGAGAAAUGGAGAUGAGUUUGAGGCUCUGGCUGUCCGUCCUGUCCUCCUCUCCCUGAGACAGAAGCCCCAGAAGGUGGGGGUGUUUGUGGACUAUGAGGAGGGUCUGGUCUCCUUUUAUGAUGUGGAGGCCAGGUCUCAUAUCUACUCUUUCUUUGGCUGUACCUUCACUGAGAAACUUUAUCCACUCUUCUGUCCUUGUGUGAAUGAUGGAGGUGACAAUGCUGCCCCUCUGAUCAUCACUCCUGUCAAUGACUGAAACAGAUUUGGAAUUGCAGAAGUUAAGUCAUGUUUAUUGUACAAAGGAUAAGAUAUGUUUCAGACUGUGUUUGGUGCUUAGACCGUAUGGGGAGAUCAGUUGAUCAAUGGUUGUCUGCAGCACGAAGAGAGCUCCCCAAUGGAGUCCAGACACUGGUGGUGGGGGCUGAAGACCCAGACAGACAAAAAGCAGAGGAGGCAGACACUAGAUGAAGCCAAGAAGACCAGGCGGUGACAGGGAGGUGGAGGGUCACGCACAUGGUAGCAUGGACGAACGAAGGCAGGGAGAGAAACAUAUUUAAAGGCUCGGCAGCAGUAUGAUAGGCUAGAGAAGGCUUGUCUCUGAUAUAUUGGAGAGAAGUAAGCGGCUGAUAGAACAGCUGAAACCCCGGUGACAGCCCAGGCUUUGAGGUAGAGGAAAAGGAGAGAGCACCUAUAGUGGGGGGAGUGUGUAGAGAGACAGAACAGCCCGAGCGUGCAGAGUUCAUUCUUCCUAAAUUAAAUUGUGCAAAACUUCAUUAAUCCAAUGUAUUUUUUAAAUAUAUAUAUGUAUAUAUAUUCACUCUGAAAUUGAUUAUUUCAAUAUCAUAAAAUAAUGAAAUAAAAGGUCACUUUCGUACACGUAAUGGUACAGUUAGUGCAACACCUUUGACAGAGAAGGACAAUGGAAUGAAAUGACCAACAUUUAUAUUAAAUGAACGUACUUAACAAAA